AUGACAAAAAAAGAAGAGAAGAGUAUUUCAUACGAGAUGAGAAGUAUCCGCGUACCAUCCAGGAAAAUGAAAGCAGUAAAGGAGAUGUGGAUGAAAAUAUACACACCAAUUGUUAUGCAGUGUAAAUUAGAAAUAAGGAUGAACCUGUCUACACAGUGCAUAGACAUAAGGACGUGUAAAGAGACACUCAGUCCAGUCGCCAUUCAAAGAGCAGAAGAGUUCAUUAAUGCGAUAACCCUGGGAUUCUCACCAGAAGAUGCCUUAUCUAUACUAAGGGAUGACUCCCUGUACGUUAACUGCUUCUCAUUAGAGGAUGUAAGGAUACUCCGACACCAUCACAUAGGAAGAGCGAUCGGGAGGAUCGCUGGUUCAAAAGGGAAGGUUAAGAAUAAUUUAGAGUUAAUCACAAGUACACGGAUAGUAAUAGAGGACAAGAACAUAAGGGUAUUAGGCACAGCAGAGAAUAUAUCAUUAGUAAGGACGGCUGUAAGUAAAUUAAUUAUGGGAUCACAGCCAGCGAAAGUAUGUUCGGACUUAAGGAUUAUUUCAAAGAAAGUACAGGAAAGAUUGUAAAACCGGGUUAAAUCGGGUUAUUACCAC